CGGGAAGGGGGCGGAGUGGCGCCUGCGCAGAGCGGCGCGCGGCGGCAAGAUGGCGCAGGACAAAGAGAAGAAGAAGAAAGAGAGCAUCUUGGACCUGUCUAAGUACAUUGACAAGACCAUCCGAGUGAAAUUCCAGGGUGGCCGGGAAGCCAGCGGGAUCCUGAAGGGGUUUGACCCCCUGCUCAACCUGGUGCUGGACGGGACCAUCGAGUACAUGCGAGACCCCGAUGACCAGUACAAGCUGACGGAGGACACGCGGCAGCUGGGGCUUGUGGUCUGCCGCGGCACCUCCGUGGUGCUCAUCUGCCCGCAGGACGGCAUGGAGGCCAUCCCCAACCCCUUUGUACAGCAGCAGGAAGCUUAGGUGGAGCGCCACCUGCCCCCGGGGACUCCCUCCUGGGGAACUUCUGUGUGGUGUUUUGGUUUCUGUUUCUGUUUUGUUUCGUUUUUUUAAUAAAAUUGCCCACUUGAGCAUCCAA